UUCCUCUUUGAUAGAGGAGAAACUUUCUGAUAUUAUUACUGCGAAACCUUUGGGAAGAAAAGUUGGAACUCAAGAAACUCCUGGACCUACAGCACCAAAAGAUGAGAUGGGAAAGUCACCGCUGCAUUUUGCUGCUGAUACUCACCACCUCAACCAUCAACCUUCCUUUCUCUCGCGUCUUUGCUGCUUCUGCUACUACUAAUACUGAAAAAACUUCUGGUGUUUGUGUAUCUCCUGGUGGGCGCUUCCCGCCAUUUCUAGAUGAGGGUAAGCCUCCCAGAAAAGUAAGCAAGGGACGUCGGGAUCUGACUCUUUGCAGGGUUUUUCGCCAUAGUACAUGCUGUGAUGUAACCCAGACGCAUCCAGCUUUUUUGUCUAUCAGGAAGUUGGCUUCAGCUGGAGAAGCAAGUCAAGAAUGCUUACACUUGUGGGAACUGUUGGAAUGUUCCAUCUGUGAUCCUCGUGUUGGUGUACAGCCUGGACCUCCUGUAAUAUGUGUAUCGUUUUGUGAUAGAGUGUAUCAAGCAUGCUUGGAUGCAUACUUCUCUGUGGAUGCUAAAACACAGGUUCUAGCACCAUGUGGAUUAAAAGACUUUGUGUGUGGUAGAGCCUCAGAAUGGAUCUCUAAUGGCACAGAUCUCUGCCGUGCUGCAGGUUUUUCUGUUAAGCCAUCUGAUGAUCCUCAAGAAUUAUCAUGCUAUGGUGGGAAAGCUAGUCUGGAUUAUGUUGCUGAUCUCUGGAAAGCUUCAGAGUCUAGGGUUCCACAAGAAACAGAAGGUUUGGGGUCUUUAGAAGAUUUCAGGCAAUGGGUGGAGGCAAUGCCAUUCAGUGAAAAAGUUUCUUGGGCAGUAGGAGGAAUGGUUCUUACAGCGGGACUGAUAUUUGCAAGUCAAAGGAAAAGCCGUAGCCAACGUCAAAAGCACGCUGCUCUUCAACGGACUGCAAGGAAACUGGGAACAAAGAUGAAUUCAACGUCUCCUCCUGGUCGGGGAAAUAAAAAGACAACUUAGUGAUGAAUGUCCUUUUUUUUUUUAAAAUGUAAUUAACCAUGUUAGUUUAUUGGCAGCUGUUCUGAUAUUCCUGUAAUGCCUAUAGUUUGUCUCCAACGCUGCUUCUAAAUGGACAAGGAUUUGCUUGUCUGAAGGCUUCUGGUUGUAACUUUACAAGCAGUUUUGGCAGGUUGAUAUAUCAACAGCUAUAAGAACAAAGGUCAUGGCCUAAGAGUUGGGCUUUUCUUUGUUGUCUGGGUGGGGGUUUAAACAGGGGUCUACCUUUGUUGGCAAUUUGUACUGGGAUGUCUAAACUCUGAAUCCUCACUGGCGAAUUGAAGCCACUCAAUUUAUGAUUGACCUGUUAAAGGCAUAAA